AUGGCGGAGGUUUCCACCGCAACCGAUCGUCACGGUGAUGACAUAUCAACUUCCGCAAUAGAGUCGACCUCUCGCACGGUUCAUUCAGGACGCUCCCUCGACGAUAGCGUUCUUUCCCUGAAAAGUAAGAGAACAUUUCAGUUGAUAUCCAAGAAGAACUCACAGCGUACAAAAGCAUGGCUGAAGGUAACGCCGACCGUUGAAGGUGCUAGGCUGGAGGCAGUUUCCCUCCUGUGCUUUCGUUUCGAGCAGGCCACGGGGAAAUACUUUGGGCCCUGCUGGGCGAACAAAUUCGAAGAAUUUCUGUUAUGUCACGACCAAAGUGAUGACCCGCUGCUCCCAAAUGACAAAGAUGCUACUUCGUUUCUUCGAUCGCGCUUGCUUGCCGCCCGGGUGCCCAAACAUAUUAUCGACAAAACUGUUUUGACUCUGCUCACUUGUCUUAGACACGCAAGAAACAGAAUUUUGACCGAAGCAGGGCCCUCGAAAUCAGCCGAGAAACGGCAACAAGUCACGGUUUCGUUCUUUGAAAACUCCAUGCACGAGCCUCGUGUUAGGAUGUGUCUCGGCGGUGCCAGAGUAGAGAUCCGCGCCGAAUACUAUGAAAAACUACGUCACCUGUUUGCAAUGAGGUCUGAGAGCUCUCCUCCGUUAUCAAGUGACGACAUAUCUGUUUUUCAAUCAGCGACGUUUUCCAUGCUUUGUCGAUACACGGCGGCACAGGGUGGCAUGCACCGCAUGUCUGGAGGUCAUCAUACUGCUCUUCAUGCCGCAGUUUUUGAUGUUCUCCAGCACGGCCUAGAUGUGGAAGCAGAAUGUUUUGCAUCACCCCUAAACUGUCAUUUCCACGAAUACUGCAGUCUUUUUCCAGAUACAGACACGACGUUUGGAUCCCGCGGAUCGUUUUUCUCCUUUUUCCCAGCGGAAGGCUCCUUUGAAUGUAAUCCACCAUUCGAAGAAGGUAUAGUGCUGCGAUGUGCGGAGCAUGUCCUACUACUACUCAGCAGGGCAGAAGAGUUAAAAACGGCACUUUCAUUUGCGGUCAUCACGCCAUAUUGGCCAGGGCGCCUGGCCUGGGAAACUGUUGCCAGCAGUCAAUACACCUCACACGUCGAGAGAAUUCGUAGGAACGAACACAGUUUUCUUGAUGGUGCACAACAUACAAAACGCAAACGAUACCGUUUUGCGUCGAGCGAUACGACAGUGUGCUUCUUGCAAAGCUCGGUUGGGAAGAAGCGUUUCGCUGUUACUGCAAACUUGCUGCGAUCUUUGAAGGUCGCAUUUAUGCCACCCUCGUGA